AUGAAGUCCUGCAGUCUAGUGGGGCGGCGCGCAGCGUUGCAGCGGACGCGACAGUCCGCGCUGCUUUCUCGGCGACGUUCAUUUCGGCGCGGCAUUAUUUCUACCAGCGAGUCAUCAAAUUGCAGCGGAAGUGAUGCAAUUAGUGAUGCGUUGCCGCUUUUUUGUCUGAAGAGCGAAAUGCGUGGGAGCGCUGGUCAACAAAUGACUAAUGCGGAUUACGUGGAAAGGUGUGACCUCAGAGAUCAGCCAAAAUUCUAUCUAUGUGUACGACCACUAAUUGAAGAUUUGAAGAAGUGUAAAGGAUUGAUAAGAGUUCACAUACGAAUGGAUGAUUUGCUGUCUGCAGCAAUAUGCGAGGCUGGUUUAGAAGAAUUUUUCCUAGCACCGGAAAUCGUUGAUAAGGAAGUUGAAAAAUCGUCGGAAAGUGAUAUAGCGAUUCAACCAGUCAAUGUCAGCGGUCAGACAAAUGCUUUGACGGAGUUUUCAAGAGCUGAAUCGGAAGAUAAGCAAAAUGUAGAAAUAUUAAGUGAUGGUUGUGUAAGCCUUCCUUCAUGUUCAAGUACCGAUUUUGAAAGUAAUUUACGUGCUGACACGCCACGAGCUGAUGAUCUCUCAAAUAACAUCACUGAAAAUGCACCUCCAACAGCUGUCCAACAGCAAUUGGUUGAAGUUGUCGAAACGACCGAAUUACCGCGUGAUCUUAGUCUCGGCAACGCUAAACGGACGAUUUUAUCACAACCUAGAAAUACUAGCAAUUUGCCAGAUAGCGGAAACGUGUUCGGUUUACGACGUCUUGUUACAUCAACACAGCAACGAUCGCAGUUAAGCAGUGGAAUGCCAUUCAAAAACGCUGGGACAGCACAAUCAACAGUGAAAAUAACACGUGAAACAUGGCGAGCCGACAGCCAAGUUGACGAUGACAAUGAUGUUGAAAUUAUUGGAGGAACAUCGUACACGAGUGGUACAUCUCGGACCUUACCACCACGCCGUGUGGUAAUCAUGAAAGAACGUCCCAGAAAUGGUUUGGCUUAUUUACGUCAACGUAACUGGGAGAUUAUGUCGCGACGUAUUCCACCACCACAUACACUCUUAAGUCGAAACGGUAACUGGACAUUUGGCGUUCGUGGUAGUCGUGUAAUUCGUCCAGUUUUUCGGUCAGAUCGACCAUCUAUUUUUUUGCAACGCAGCACUACACGAUUGGGAUGCAUUGAGAGGGAUCCAGUGAACGUUCUGCAAGAAACAGGGCAUCAGUAUUUGCCUUCAGCGGCAUUAAACGCCCACCCAAGAAUUAUACGGAAUUCAGUUUUACGUCGAACAUCUCCAGUGAGUGUGCAAGGUUCUCGUCCAGGCGCAAUAACAACCCGUAUGAUACCAAGUCUACAGAGAGCCCGAAGUCAUUUAGCCGGUUCCAUUGCUGGUAUCAAGCCAAUCUCAUGUCCUGAAAUAUCAGGAAAUAACUGUGGUAAUGAAAAACGGGAGCUUGAUACAGCCGGUCAAAUACGUGUGCUUGGAAAUUCAGUUGAAUCACGACUACCUGUAGGUGAAGUUUUGCGCCGUAUUCGGAUAAAUGAGCAAAAACCGGCGCAUGCUGAUGAAUAUCGUCGGAGAAGUAUAGGUGGCAGCGGGACAUCGAAAGAUGAAGUAUCCCUUGAUAAUUCGCGCAAUACGGAACGCAAACUCUUAAGUCAUGUAUUAGAACAGAAAGAAAAGAAGUCGUCCGUAAGGAAAGAAAUGGAGACAGCCCUGAAGUACCGUAUUACUCAAAAUGAUCAAGACAUUGAUGAUGAGGAAGAGAAUUUGGGUUAUGCAGAAACAUAUGCAGAUUACCGUCCAGCAAAGCUUCGUUCCGGUUUAUCACAUCCAGAUAGUGUUAUUGAAACUGCAUCGCUAAGUAGUGUUGCUCCACCAGACAUACGCUAUAAUUUGACUGUUCCCGAAGAGAUCAUUGAUACAGGCGCUAUAUCAGCUGUGCAGCUGGAAACAGUAGUCUAUGCUUGUCAAGCACAUGAGAUGCGUCUUCCAUCAAAUGAACGUGUUGGCUAUUUGAUUGGUGAUGGAGCCGGUGUGGGUAAAGGAAGAACGAUUGCUUGCAUCAUCUUUGAAAAUUAUCUCCUGGGACGCAAACGAUCAAUUUGGCUUAGCGUUUCGGCUGAUUUACGAUACGAUGCUGAACGUGAUUUGAGAGAUAUCGGUGCCAAAAAUAUCAAGAUUUACGCAUUAAAUAAGUUCAAAUACUCCAAAAUUGGCGGAAAGGAAAAUGGUGUCAAGAAAGGUUGCAUUUUUGCAACAUAUUCAUCACUCAUUGGUGAAUGUCGUUCAGCGAAAGUUAAAUACCGAACGAGACUUAAACAGCUGAUCCAAUGGUUUGGUCAGGAUUACGACGGUGUUAUUGUGCUUGAUGAAUGCCAUCGUGCCAAGAAUUUGGUUCCAACAUCUGGUUCAAAACCAACGAAAACAGGUCGAAGUGUUAUGGAAUUGCAGAAAGCUUUACCAAAUGCCCGAAUUGUUUAUGCUUCAGCAACUGGUGCAACAGAACCUCGAAAUAUGGCAUAUAUGACACGUAUAGGCUUGUGGGGGCAGGGGCAAGCAUUUCGAGAAUUCAGUGAUUUCAUUAAUGCUGUAGAAAAACGAGGAGUAGGAGCUAUGGAAGUAGUUGCAAUGGAUAUGAAGCAACGUGGUCUUUAUCUGGCUCGACAGCUUUCUUUCCGUGGUGUUACUUUCCGGGUUGAAGAAGUGCCUUUAUCUGCAGAUUUUAUCGAAAUAUAUGACGCAUCAGUUAAAAUAUGGCUUGAAUGUCGAAGACAAUUUCAGGCAGCUCUUUCUCGUCAUUGUAUUAGUCGAGCGCAAAUAAAACUAAUUUGGGGACAGUUUUGGGCAGCACAUCAACGAUUUUUCAAAUAUAUCUGUAUUAGUGCAAAGGCGAGUUAUGAUAUUUGCGUAAAAUCAUGUGUCAAGAUAGUGCGUGAUGCAAUAAAAGCCAAUAAAUGCGUUGUAAUUGGUCUACAAACUACCGGUGAAUCAAAAACACUGGAAGCACUUGACGAUGCCGGUGGCGAAUUGACUGAAUUCGUAUCCACGGCUAAAGCAGUGUUGGCGAGGCUUAUAGAGAAACAUUUCCCAACAGAAAAUACGAAUUCUUCAGCGGAUGUCUAUACCAAUUUCGACAAAAUGUGCAAUGAAUUAGACCGUCCAGUCAAACGCAAAUUUGAAAAAUUGGGAUCUGUAUCAAUUGGUAUAUCUGCAAAACGACUAAAGCAAAAUUCGGUUACGGAAGAACAAACAAAUGAGGAGGGACAUACUGAUUCGGAUAGUACUGAGUCAUCAGCACGAGAUGAUAGUUCACAACCAACAGAAGAGGAAGAUGAAGAAUCAUCUAGUGAAGAGAAAGAGCCAUCAAAUGGAGCGAUCCAAGGUGACGAAGAUACAUGGUUGCAAAGAUUAUUGGAUGAGGCAAAAAGUUCGGGUGAGGAAACAGCUGAAGAAAAAAGUGGCAGUGAAAAGGAGAAAGAAGGAAGUGAUGAGGAGGAAUUUAAUCCAUUUACCUGUGAUUUUACUAGAGAAGAUCCAUGGGCAGCAAAGCAACAAAUUAUUUCGGACUCACCGAAGAAGAAGAAAGUUAAGAAAAAGAAGUUCAAAAAAAAGCAAAAAAAAUCAGCAACCAGUAGGAUCGUUUCUACGGCGAUGCAUAGUACUGCCGAUGUUUUCAUGUCAUCAUCACGUCUGGUAAGUGAUGAAGAUCUUACGCUCGGUGAAACUUCACUAAUCAAAGCAGAGCUGCUGGCUGCUGUAGAACGUCUAAGUCCUCGUUUGCCACCAAAUACACUUGAUCAACUGAUUGACGAAUUGGGUGGCCCUGAAUAUGUCGCCGAGAUGACGGGUCGUAAAGGUCGUGUUGUAUGCCGUGAAGAUGGAGAUGUUGAGUAUGAACUCCGACAUGCUGGAGCAGAUGUACCGCUUGAACUAAUGAAUAUGGAUGAAAAAGAUAAAUUUAUGAAGGGUGAAAAAUUAGUUGCUGUAAUUUCAGAGGCAGCAUCUUCCGGCAUUUCAUUGCAAUCAGAUCGAAGAGCUGCAAAUCGUCGACGUCGUGUACAUAUAACACUAGAAUUGCCUUGGUCUGCUGACAAAGCCAUUCAACAAUUUGGACGUACACAUCGUUCAAAUCAAGUUAGUGCACCGGAGUAUAUAUUCUUGAUAUCCGAGCUUGCUGGUGAAAAAAGGUUUGCAUCAAUUGUUGCCAAACGACUUGAAUCUCUCGGAGCAUUAACGCAUGGUGAUCGUCGUGCAACAGAAUCACGUGAUCUAAGUCAAUUUAAUUUGGACACAAGAUAUGGUAGAGCGGCUUUAGAUGUAUUACUACGAACAAUUACUGGAUUGCUCGAUCCGCCACUUAUACCACCACCAGAGGAUUACAAGCCUGGAAAUUUCAUCAGUGAUAUGCAGUGUUAUAUGGAGGGUGUUGGUUUACUCUCAUUGGAUGAUGGUGUUUAUGUGAUUGAAAAAGAGUCUGCCACCAUACCAAAGUUUCUGAAUCGUCUUCUUGGUUUACCAGUGCAUGCACAAAACGCACUUUUCCAGUAUUUUUCGGAUAUCGUUGCUGAAUUAGUUGCGCAAGCGAAACAUGAUGGGACGUAUGAUAUGGGUAUUAUGGAUCUCGGAAUGGGUGGUGAUGAGGCACGUAAGUUAGAAACUCGUGUAUUCAUGGGACACUACGAAAGUGGUUUUUUCCGUGUCGAAAUUCACAAAAUUGGUGUAGAGCGUGGUGUAAGUUGGGAGGAUGCUUAUGCAAUUUGGAAAGAUCAUCAUGAAGAUCAGGAUGGAUUUUAUCUCGCAUCAAUUGGUAACAAUGGCAAAAAGACCGCGGCUCUUGUUUAUGGUAUUGGCAAGAAACGUUUGGAUACGGGUGCGCGGCUUUUCUGCAUAACUCGACCAAGUACAGGUCGGAGUGCAAAACUGGAAACAAUCGAUGAGUUAACAAAGCGUUUUCAUCUUGCCACUCCUGAAGAAACUGAACAAGUAUGGAAAGAUCUGUUUGAAGGUUCGAACAAGACUUGUCAGCACAAUUAUUUUCAUGGACGUUGCCGGAAUGAAGCGAUGGGUGUAUACUGCGAAACUGGACGACGGACGCGAACUUAUUUUGUUCUUUCUGGCUCAGUGCUCUCGGUCUGGCCGAUCGUCGAAGAAGUAUUGUCCAAUGGUAUGUCAGCUCGAGAAAUUAAACGAUCGCAGCGGAUGCAGAUAAUUCGUGUCAGAACGUCGCAGGAUCACAAAAUCGUUGGAUUACUGGUUCUGCCGCAGUAUGUACGAACACUGGUUGCGCGUUUUGAGAAACACUGUGGUGGUUGUAUGGAAUCAAAAUCAAAUAUUUUAAACUGA